CAGCGCUGCCCCGCCCCCAAACGCGAAGCUAAUUCACCAAAGCGGGAAGACGGUGAACCUUGUCCUUACGAAUCACACCCUCCCUCCCCCGGCCAUCAUCAGGAGUGGGCGCACCGACAUUGGCAUAGAGGGCGGGGCCUCCGUACUGCACAGGGCCGAGCUCCUCCCCUCCUGUGUAGCUGCCGCACGGCCUGGAUGUUUACAUGGGGGCCGCUCCCCCUUCUCUCUAGACCUCGCUCUGCUGCUGCUGUCACACAGCCCGGACCGCGGCCGCGUGGGCGUCUCAGCGGCUCCUCCUCCUCGGCAGCGCGUCACUGGCUCCGCACGGGGUCACUACUGUUGCCAUAGAGACCGCGGCCUGUGAGAGUGCGGCCUGUCCGGGCGGAGCGCUGGCCGGGACAUGCAGAGCAUGCAACGGAGAAAGCAGGAGGACGGGGACAUAUCGCGACCGAGCCAGUGCAGCGAGGUGCGCUUCCCGGGGCCCCGGCCCAUGCGGCUGCUGGAAUGGAAGGUGUCUACCGGGAUGUCCGUUCAGAUCGGUUCCGUACUGGCACUGGGGGCCACUAUCCCGGGGGCUGAGGCCAGAGAGCCCCGUGGGCCAGAGGGCGGGAGGCCGCACAGAGCGCCAGAGAGAAAAGUCAAAUCGGACCGCACAGGAGUGGUGCUGGAGCUGUGUGUAAAGCCGGGUCAGGUCAUCUCUGCCGGGGGUGUUUUGGUACGGCUGUCGGGCUGUAACCACCCUGUGGUUAUGAAAGGUUUGUGUGCAGAAUGCGGUCAGGACUUGACACAGUUACAAAGCAAGAAUGGGAAACAGCAGGUGCCAUUAUCAACAGCUACUGUUUCUAUGGUUCACAGUGUCCCAGAACUCAUGGUCAGCUCGGAGCAAGCUGAACAGCUGGGACGUGAGGACCAACAUAGACUGCACCGAAACAUGAAGCUUGUCCUCAUGGUUGAUUUAGACCAGACAUUAAUCCAUACUACAGAACAGCACUUCCAACAUAUGUCUAGAAAGGGAAUAUUCCAUUUCCAGUUAGGUAGAGGGGAACCAAUGCUGCACACCCGUCUGCGCCCUCAUUGUAAAGAAUUUUUAGAGAAGAUUUCCAAGCUGUACGAGCUGCAUGUUUUUACCUUUGGUAGCAGGCUUUAUGCUCAUACUAUUGCAGGGUUUUUAGAUCCGGAGAAGAAGCUUUUCUCACAUCGAAUAUUAUCUCGGGAUGAGUGUAUUGAUCCAUUUUCCAAAACCGGGAAUCUUAGAAAUCUUUUUCCCUGUGGGGACUCUAUGGUAUGCAUUAUUGAUGAUCGAGAAGAUGUGUGGAAAUUUGCACCUAAUUUGAUUACAGUUAAAAAGUAUGUCUACUUUCAAGGUACGGGUGACAUCAAUGCCCCUCCAGGUUCAAGGGAGGCACAGAUGAAAAAGAAAGAAAGCAUUUCUAAAGUAUCUGCAGAAGCACAGCAGUCUGAAUCGCUUGCACAGGACUCUGAUCAGGCCAAGAACCUUCCUCUAGAGGAGCAGAGUAAUGGGCUUGGCAAAAGCAAAAAGGAGCUCAAUGGUGGCCCUUCAGACAGCAACCUCAAAAGGGAGUCUGAUGCCAGUGAUGGGCAACAGGAACAAGACACUGCUGCAAGUCAGGAUACCUGUCUCUCUGAUGGCAAGGAUGUAACACAAUUGACGGAAACUCAACCAUCUGUAGGGCAAGAUGAUAGGACAGUGGUUGCCAAUUCUCAAAUAAAGACUGAUGCAGCAAAGGAUCUAGACUUUGACCUUUCCAGUGAUAGUGACAGCGAGUCUGACAUUAGAAAAACACAAUCUCCUUCUUCCUCUGGGAGCGAAAAUGAAUGUAAAAGAAGUUGGAGGAAGUCAAAAACACUGGACCAGGUGUAUGCUGUGUCACAAGAACCUUGUAAAGAGGAUUUAUCUGACAAACAGGGGACUGAGAACCACAGUAGUGAUGACAGACUAUUAUUUGAUUCAAAAGAUAAAAUGCUAACAGAAGUUGAGGAGAUGGAGGUUAAGGAUGUAGAACAGGACAGUCUUUGUGACUUGGGAAAUGGAAAUACAGAUAAAAAGGAGGUAGAAACGGAAUCCCAGAAUAGCGAACAGUCUGGUAUUACAGUUGGAGAGUCAUUAGAUCAAAGUAUGGAAGAAGAUGAUUAUGAUAGUGAUGACAUGGAUGAAGAUGAUCAUUUAAUAUACCUUGAGGAGAUUCUUGUCAGAGUACACACAGAUUAUUAUGCAAAGUAUGAUCGAUACCUGAAGAAAGAGAUAGAAGAGGUCCCAGAUAUUCGUAAAAUAGUGCCAGAGCUAAAGAGUAAAAUUUUGGAAAGCACGAUUAUUGCUUUCAGUGGCCUUCAUCCUACAAACUUUCCCAUUGAGAGAACACGGGAAUAUUACCAUGCCAGAGCAUUGGGUGCAAAAAUCAGCAAAAACCUGGUUUUAAAUGGUGAUGAUCCUACCAAAGUGACACACCUGAUUGCAGCAAGGACAGGUACUGAAAAAGUCAAACAAGCUCAGAGUUGUGAACACCUUCAUGUUGUAAACCCGGAUUGGCUUUGGAGCUGCCUGGAAAGAUGGGAAAAAGUAGAAGAACAACUUUUUCCAUUAAAGGAUGAUUACUUGAAAUCUCAGAGGACAAAUAGCCCCACCAGCUUUCCAGAGAUACAGAGUGCUUUUCAAACUCCACUCUUUCAUCCUACACCUAUUCACCCGAAGACGCAACCAGGUCCAGAAGUACGGCUGUAUGACUCGGUCACCGGAAAACUCAUCCGGAAAGGAUCCCAGGACUCCAGUCAGUCGCCAUAUAUUCAAGCACCUUGUCACCCUCUGAGCUUAGCUGUACAUGGAGAGCACUCGUCCUUCAGAGUUGUACAACCUCAUCAAGAACAAAUGUUUGAUGAUGAAGAGCUGCCUACAGCAAGUGCAGAUGAGGAACAGUCUGGUCCAGCCCGGAGAAAACGCCAGCCAAGUAUGUCUGAAACGAUGCCUCUAUAUACACUUUGUAAAGAGGAUUUGGAGAGCAUGGAUAAAGAAGUUGAUGACAUCUUGGGAGAAGGCAGCGAUGACAGUGAUAGUGAGAAAAAGAAGACUGUUAAAGUAAAGAAACAACCGAGUACAACACAAGAAAGCUCGGAGAAGACCCCAGAAUCCUCUUCAUCAAGUCAGCAGAGCCUAUCAGAUAGCACACCACGAGGCCAAAAGAGAAAAUUGGAUGUGGAUGAAGACGAUGCUGCAAGCGAGUCUAGCAAUGAGGAUGAGGAAGGAAGCAGUUCUGAGGCUGAUGAAAUGGCAGCAGCAAUCGAAGCUGAACUCAAUGACUUCAUAUAACAUCUAUGCCAAUAGGGAGACACUUGUAAUUUGUGUAAUUGCACACAAAUGAAAUUAACUUUUUCUGAGUUGCUACUUCAGUGUAUGUAUGAUUAUUAUUUUUCUUGACAGAAGCAUCUUUGUAUAUUUUGCGAGGAACACAUUAUUUUACACAUUUCAGGCUGGUUGUUUUAAAGGUGUUUUACUUAAGGAGCUCUAAUACUUUUACAUUUUUUCUUUCAGUAGAAGGAAACCAGUAUUAAGUUGAAGUGUUGUAAUAUGCCAAAGACAUGUAUUGCUUUUGUCUAAGCUUUACAGAUUUUGAGAGGGUUUCCUGUGACUUUUUUUUUUUUUUUUGUAAUUUUUUUUCUUUUUUUUUUUUUUGCUUUUUCCCCCUUCUGCCAGUUCUUUGAGAGGUAGUGCAAUCCAUUGGCAGACGUAAGCCUUGUUUCUGUGUGUGUGUGUGUGUGUGUGUGUGUGUGUGUGUGUGUGUGUAUAUAGUUAUAUAUUUUACAUACAUAUAUAUACACACACAUAUAUCAAUUUUGUAUAAAUCUAGAAAAUAUGAUCUGAGAAAAUGAUGGACUUGUCACCUGCCUCUAACUGAUGUCACUAAGUAAAUAAUGCUGUUUUUACUUGUUCCUCUGUGCAUUAGUUUGGAUUUGUUAGAAAAGCAGUGUUUAGAUUUUUAACCUUGCCUCUCUGUGCUGGUACUGCAGGUUAGUUCAGGUCUGUAUGGCCACAUGGAACUUAUUCAUAGGAUGUUCUCUAGAGAGAGGAAAAAAUACUAUAGCUUAACAUGCAAUAUGGUUUUAUUCGGGAGAGAACUAAUGUAAAGUUUUUGUAUAUUCUAUUUCAUAUAUGACCCACAAAACAGAUUUCUUUCGUUUAAUAAAACAAACCCAUUUUGUAGAA